AACGGUCAGAUGACGUUGUGUGUCACUCUAUCAAACACAAUACGACACGGUCGGUAAAAGGAUGAAUCUAAUGUUAAAACGCUGUAUCGUUCUUCAUAAGAUGUAAAGCAUCUAUACAAACCAUGUCGAUCUUUUCUGCGUAGCGUUCGGACAAUAUUAUACUGCACAUCUCAUCGAGGGAUUUUGACGUAUUAUCGGGUUGCCUCGCUGCCAGCAUCAAGAUGCCAGUGGACAGAAUGAGAAUGCGCCCCUGGUUGGAGCAGCAGAUAGAGAGUGGGCUAAUUCAGGGUCUUCAUUGGGUGAAUAAGGAGAAAAAGAUAUUUCAGAUUCCUUGGAUGCAUGCAGCCAGACAUGGAUGGGAUUUGGAGAAGGAUGCCCCUUUAUUUAAGAACUGGGCCAUUCACACAGGAAAGUACUGUCCAGGUAUUGACAAACCAGACCCUAAAACAUGGAAGGCAAACUUUCGCUGUGCCAUGAAUUCUCUAACAGACAUUGAGGAGGUGAAGGAUAAAAGCAUGAAGAGAGGAAACAAUGCCUUUAGAAUGUACAGGAUACUUUCAGUGUCUGAAAAAGCUGUUAAGAAAGGGAGGAAAAAGAUGGACCUGGAGCAAAGAGUAAUACGAGUUUUUCAGAAACGGAAAGCAAACACUCCCAGAAAACUUAAAAUGAUGAAACAAUCCGGUCAAGAGGAAAUAAAUAAAGAAACUUUGCCAGACAGCACUGUACUAUUUGCUGAGCAGGAGAACGUUCCUAAAUCCAAAUCACUUGAGAGGAAGGAGGCUGUAGGUGAACUACCUGAAGUGUGUGCAGUUGUUGAGGUGGCAACGGAGAGCAAUGAACCUGCUGUUAGCUCCUCUAAAGUGUCUUACCCCAUCCAGGACUCCCAUGUUUCAUACCACAGUGAGAGUGACUCUGAGAGCACAUACAGUGAUGAAGACUUGGUACAGCUGCCUCAGGACUUGUCCUUAAAUGCUUCACAGAGAUCAUCGUGCGGUUCUGUGUUAAGGAUCCCACCUUCAGCUCAGUCCUCAUUUAUCACAUCAGGGAAAACUAAUUUGAGAGUGACCAGCUGCAGAGAAGACUCACCCCUUAUAGCCUAUAACACUGCUCCAUGGUUUCCCUUGCUGCUUGGUUUCCAAAAUGUCACCGAUGUGCAACUCUCAACACCAGCCCCCACACCAGAGCUCACCAGCAGCCCAACUUCUCGGGCAAACAUAAUAGCUAAAGCUAUGGACCUCUCAGUUUCGUCACGCAAAGCUUUAUAAUACAGAGACUUGAAGUUCACAGCCUGCUGCUAUUCAGCUGAUAAGAUACCCUACCUGAAAUGUUUGAAGGGAUAGUUCACUCAAAAAUUGUCAUUAUUUACUAACUUGUUUUGUUCGAAACCCGUAUGACUUUUUUUCUCACUUGCAAUUCAAAAUGAGACAUUAGGGUCUGACAACCUCACCUACCAUUCGCUUUCUUUGUAUGGACAAAAAUCAGAAUGAGCAUUGUUCAAAAUGUCUUAUUUGUUCCAUGAAAGAAAGUAAUAUGGUCUUGGAACAAUAUGAGGUUGACUAAAUGACAGCAGAAUUUCCAUUUUUGGGUGAACUAAUCCAUUUUAAACGGGUAUUCACAGCUUUACAAACCAAAGGGAGAGUUUCAAGCAUGCUAAAUCAGUUUGACUAGAACACUAGAAAUAUGUGGAUAUUUCUGAAAUAAUGUAAAUUGCAGAACACUACCUCAUUAUCUAAUGAUAGGUAACUUGAACUACUUCAGAUUGAAGGUGAUCUGUGCAACUUUGAUCACAGAACUUAAUGUCGUUGUAAGCUAUUGAUAAUGUCUCAUGCAGUGUUUGGAGAGGAACAAAGUGCAUGUUAAGUGUAGAAUGACGAAUAUGGUCAAACAUGACGUGUUUGACACUUGUUGAAAGAAUUGAGGGGUCCAAAAGCAGAUGAAACAGCACAAAAUAAAAUUAAAAAAAACAUCAAAAAAUGAAAUUAAAAAGAACAGUAGCUAGGGAUUUUUUUUUUAGGAAGAUAUGCAAUGUUUUUACAGGCUGUAGCACAGGUUUGAAAGAGUUUUUGAUUGAAAUACUGAAGUUUUCAUGUGCAUUUUCAUAUGAUGUAGAGCGGUUCAGUCAUGACAUCAAUUUGUAGGCCUACCCGGAAGGCUGUUUCACUAUGGGCUCCCUCUGGAAUUCGUAGGGGGUUUUUAGAAUAGUUGUUUUUAUUUUAUACACAUUGAAAAAUGUGAUGAACAUUACUUGCAGACUUUCACAUUUAGUUUUACCUGAAUUACGCAGUAUGACUGUAUACUUUCUUGUUGUAGAACAAAACGUGAAAAUCUAUUCAAGCAAUAUUAACUACAGACCUUGUUUUACUCCUAAAUCGAAAACAGCUAUUCUUAAAGGGAUAGUUCACCCAAAAAUGAAAAUUCUCUCAUCAUUUACUCACCCUCAUGUCAUUCCAGAUGUGUAUGACUUACAUUCUUCUGCUGAGCACAAAGAUUUUUAGAAGAAUAUCUCUGUAGGUCCUCACAAUGCAAGUGAAUGGGUGCCAAAAUUUUGAAGCUCCAAAAAUCAAAUAAAAGCAGCAUAAAGGUAAUCCAUAAGAUUCCAGUGGUUAAAUCCAUAUCUUCUGAAGUGAUAUAAGUGUGGGUGAGAAACAGAUCAAUAUUUAAGUCCUUUUGUUUUUGGUGAUUUGCAUUCUUUGUGCAUAUUGCACCCUACUGGGCAGGAAGGAGAAUUUAUGGUAAAAACUGACUUAAAUAUUGAUCUGUUUCUCACCCAUACCCACAUCAUAUUGCUUCAGAAUCUUAUGAAUAGAUCUUAUGGAUUCUAUCACAGUAUCUUUAUGCUGUGUGUGCAUUUUGAAGCUUCCAAAUUUUGAAUUGCAUUGUGAGGACCUGCAGAGCUGAAAUAUUCUUCUAAAAUCUUCAUUUGUGUUCUGCAGAAGAAAAAGUCAUACACAUUUGGGAUGGCAUGAGGGGGAGUAAAUGAUGAGAGAAUAUUCAUUUUUGGGUGAACUAUCCCUUUAAAACCCAUUGUAAAUUCCAGAGGGAACCUGUAGCUCAAAAAUGCUAAUUCUCUUCCUGGUUUAUGGAUUACAAAACAGCUCUACAGUAACUUAUAUAUGGAGUGACAUUUUGGUAAUAGUGUUUUUAUGAAUUUGAUGUUUUCACUACACUGUAAUAAUACUAUUGAAUCUGGAGACAGUGUUCCAGUAUUUUAACUGCUACUUUAGGAUCAGUUCUCCAAUAUGAAUGGGUCUGGAAAUACUUGAAUAGAGAAGCUCAACUAAUUACAAUCAUGUGUUGUCAGUUUUCAUUUGUGUUCUGAAAGGAUCUUGUUAGAUGUAACUAUUUUUUAUACAACUUAUGUAUCACUAAUGUGCAUAAUAAAAAACAGCACUAAGGUUUAAAAGCAAAUCUAAAAACAUGUUUAUUGUAGUGUCAUAAUACAAAAUUUUUUCAACACUCAAUUGUUGGAUGUAUACUAAAACAGUGGUUCAAAGUGUUAGUAGUGGUACUAGAUAAAAUGAUGAGUGAUGUGCAGUGGCAAUAAAAAUCACUGGUUAACAUCUCUCAUGAUUGAAGAGAGAAGGUGUUUUAAUGUGGCCUCAAUGG